GGACAUGCAUAAACAUAUUUUAUUAAGAAUACUCUCGAAAUAUCAUUCAUACGUUUUUAACCAAUAAAGAAGCUCAUCAAAUAGUGUUGAUUCCUAAAAUCCCAACUAGCAUAUUUUAGUCAAAAUACUCUCGCAAUAUCAUCCCAAUUACCUGUUUAUUUUUUUUAGCAAAAUAUUACUAACACCAAUACCAAGCACAAGACGUACAAGAUAUCCUCAAUUACAAGACACAAGCAAAUCAGAUACAUUGCUUAAACCUGUAAAAUCGCUAAUCAAAUAAAAACAGAGCAUCAGAACACCAAAUAAUUCCAGUCCAAAAAGAGAAAAUUAGUCAAGAUCACAACAUGUUAAGUCAGAAAAUUUGAUGUCUUAUCUUAAUAAACAUUUAAUGUGAUAUUAAUAUUACACACAUGCAGGUGAAAUUCCAUCGUUUAACAACAUGACUUCUUUGAGGGUGGUCAAAUUUGGCUAUAACAAUUUGAAUGGCAACUUACCAAAUGAUUUUUUCAAUCAGCUACCUCAACUUGAAAACUUUAUUUUAAAGAACAAUCAAUUUGAAGGAAGCAUUCCACAAUCAAUUGGUAACUGCACAUCGUUGAUAUACAUAAAUUUAGCAUCAAACUUUUUGACAGGUACGAUUCCCGAGGAGAUUGGCUAUCUUGAUAAACUUGAGCUGCUAAUAUUGUAUAACAAUAGGUUAAGUGGAUCUAUUCCUUCCAAAAUCUUCAACAUGUCAUCACUCACAUCUUUGGGGGUUGAUCAGAAUAGCCUCUCAGGCACAAUUCCAUCAAAUACGGGAUAUAGCCUUCCUAGUCUACAAUAUCUAUUCUUGAAUGAUAACAAUUUUGUUGGAAAUAUUCCAAAUAACAUAUUCAACUGUUCUAAUCUUAUUCAAUUUCAAUUGAAUGGCAAUGCAUUCACUGGAACUCUACCCAAUACUGCUUUUGGAGAUUUAGGAUUGCUUAAAUCGUUUCUCAUAGAUGACAACAAUUUGACAAUAGAAGAUUCUCAUCAAUUCUUUACUUCCUUGACAAAUUGUAGAUAUUUGAAAUAUCUAGACUUAUCCGGGAAUCAUAUACCCAAUCUUCCUAAGUCAAUUGGAAACAUAACUUCAGAAUACAUCAGGGCACAAUCAUGUGGAAUUGGUGGUUAUAUUCCCCUAGAAGUUGGAAACAUGAGCAACUUGCUACAAUUUUCUCUUUCUGGGAAUAAUAUAACUGGACCAAUACCUCCUACAUUCAAAAGGUUGCAGAAACUUCAGGUUUUGAAUCUUAGCAACAAUGGACUACAAGGAUCAUUUAUUGAGGAACUUUGUGAAAUGAAGAGUUUGGGUGAGUUGUAUCUACAAAAUAAUAAGCUCUCUGGAGUUUUACCAACAUGUUUGGGAAAUAUGAUUUCUCUUAUAAGGAUACAUGUAGGAUCUAACAGUUUGAACUCUAGAAUACCUUUAUCUCUUUGGAGGCUUAGAGAUAUAUUAGAGAUAAAUUUUUCAUCAAAUUCUUUAAUUGGUAUUCUUCCACCUGAGAUUGGGAAUUUGAGAGCAAUUGUACUAUUAGACCUAUCAAGAAAUCAGAUUUCAAGCAACAUUCCAACAACCAUUAAUUCCUUAUUAACAUUGCAGAAUCUCUCCUUAGCAGAUAAUAAACUGAAUGGUUCAGUUCCCAAAUCACUUGGUGAAAUGGUAAGCUUGAUCUCUUUGGACUUGUCCCAAAAUAUGUUAACUGGUGUUAUUCCAAAAUCCUUAGAAUCACUUUUGUAUCUUCAAAACAUCAACUUCUCAUAUAAUAGAUUACAAGGAGAGAUUCCUGAUGGUGGACGGUUCAAAAAUUUCACAGCUCAAUCAUUUAUGCAUAAUGAUGCACUUUGUGGUGAUCCUCGCCUUCAAGUACCUACAUGUGGUAAGCAAGUUAAGAAAUGGUCAAUGGAAAAAAAGCUUAUAUUGAAAUGCAUACUUCCUAUAGUUGUGUCAGUCGUUUUGAUUGUUGCGUGCAUCAUACUUUUAAAACAUAAUAAAAGGAGAAAGAAUAAAAAUAAUGUUGGAAGGGGUUUGUCAACUUUGGGAGCUCCAAGAAGAAUAUCCUAUUAUGAAAUUGUGCAAGCAACUAAUGGAUUCAAUGAGAGUAAUUUCCUUGGAAGGGGGGGAUUUGGCUCUGUUUAUCAGGGGAAGCUUCUUGAUGGUGAGAUGAUUGCCGUUAAAGUAAUUGAUUUGCAAUCAGAAGCAAAAUCAAAGAGCUUUGAUGCAGAAUGCAAUGCGAUGAGAAAUCUACGACAUCGGAAUCUGGUAAAGAUUAUCAGCAGUUGCUCAAAUCUUGAUUUCAAAUCAUUGGUGAUGGAGUUCAUGUCAAAUGGAAGUGUAGACAAAUGGUUAUAUUCAAAUAACUAUUGUCUAAAUUUCUUGCAAAGGUUAAAUAUAAUGAUAGAUGUUGCAUAUGCAUUGGAAUAUCUCCAUCAUGGUUCUUCAAUGCCUGUGGUUCAUUGUGAUCUAAAGCCUUCGAAUGUCUUGUUGGAUGAAAAUAUGGUUGCACAUGUUAGUGAUUUUGGUAUUGCAAAGCUCAUGGAUGAAGGACAAUCUCAAACUCUUACACAAACUUUGGCUACUGUUGGAUACAUCGCACCAGAGUAUGGAUCUAAAGGAAUUGUUUCUGUCAAAGGAGAUGUGUACAGCUAUGGGAUUAUGCUUAUGGAAAUCUUCACAAGAAAAAAGCCAACAGAUGAUAUGUUUGUUGCAGAACUAAGCUUGAAGACAUGGAUCAGUCGAUCAUUGCCUAAUUCCAUUAUGGAGGUCAUGGAUUCAAAUUUAGUCCAAAUAACUGGGGACCAAAUUGAUUAUAUAUUGACUCACAUGUCAUCUAUUUUUAGUUUAGCCUUGAGUUGUUGUGAAGAUUCACUUGAAGCAAGAAUCAAUAUGGCAGAUGUUAUUGCGACGCUAAUCAAAAUCAACACUUUGGUUGUUGGCGCAAACACAGUCUAGUUAUUUUCAAUAUUUGUGUUUGAUGGCAGAUGUUAUUGUGUUUGAUGUUGUAAAUAUUGUUUUAAACACAGUCUAGGCUAUUUCCUUAAUAUAUUUCCUUU